ACAGUCCCCACUGAGAGGACUCCGACCGAAGCUCUUCCCAGGAGAGGAGGUCCGAGGGGGGGCAAGGAGAGGGAGAGGAUGGAGAGGCCUGUUCCCCUGCCCAUCGCCCCUCUGCUGUCCCAGGACCCUCCUAUGUUACUACCGACCCUGCCCCCCCAGCCCCUCAUGUCCCAGCCCCUGCUGAGGAAGCCUCCUCCGGAGCAGAAGAGGAGCAGCAGUAUGGGAAGCAACCAAAGCAGGGCCUCAUCCAGACGUCUCCGCUCUCCCUCCAACGAGUCAGCCCACAGAGAGGACCCUCAGCAGGGCCAAGGACCAGGCCGACCCAGGAGAGGACACCAGCUCCAGGGGGGCAACUCCCGAGACCGGGAACGAGAAAGGGAGCGAGACAGGGAGCGUGGUGAGAGAGAGAGGGGACCAGUGGUCACAGAGCCUCCGGUGGCGAGGGGAGAGGAGCGGAAGUCACGCAUCGACCAGCUGAGGAGAGGAGAGCCCAGUCGCAGCACCUCCUCAGACCGGCAGGACUCUCGCAGCCACAGCUCCAGACGUAGCUCCCCUGAGUCAGAGCGUCAGGUGCAGUCGCGGGCCGGGUCCUACGACGGCCGAGAGCGUGAGAGGGAGAGAGAGAGGGAGCGGGAACAGUUUGAGAGGGAGCGUGAGCGCAAGGACCUCCGACAGCAACAGGGGCCUCCGGGGCCACUACCUCCUCUCCAGCAGCAGGGGCAGCAGAGAGACUGGGAGCCCGAGGGGCCACGGGAGUGGGGUGGGAGGGGCCGUGAACCCCUCCUCAUGCGUGGAGGCAACAGAGAGCAAAUGAGAGAGCGUGAUCUCCGUGACAUGCGGGGUGAGAGAGAGCGGCUUCUGCCCGAGGGUCUCCUGCAGCAGCACGAACGAGAGCGGGAAAGGGAGCGCGGUAACUGCAGACUAGACAGGGUGCCAGGUGUGUGA